CUUUAUAUACCGCGGAUGCCAUUCGCAGUUCUUAGUGCUAAGCUCUUCUCUCCUUCCCGGAAUUGCUUCAUUCUUCGCAGUGAUUCCUUUUUUUUCUUUAACGUAAAAACAUCAAUCAUGUCUUUCUACGGCCACAAGCCUCAUUUCCUUGAAGCUUGUUUUCUUUGCCGGAAACCGCUUGGCUGUAACGCUGACAUCUUCAUGUACAGAGGGAAUACACCUUUUUGUAGCAAAGAGUGCAGACAAGAGCAGAUAGAGAUGGAUGAGUGCAGAAAGAAUAAGAACUGGAAAUUGUCAUCUUCCUCUAGUAGAUCUCUGAGGAAAUCAGAGGCGGAGGAAACUUCGCCCAAUAAAACUGUACGUACAGACACGGUUGCUGUCGCUUAAUUAAGAAUACAAAGCCAGAUUUGAAUUUCCAUGAUCCAAUGUAAGAAUUGGGAGAGGUUCAUUUCUUCUUGAUCUGUAAUGAAGUGAUGGUUGAAUGGUAAUUAAGAUUUGAGAGAUGGAAAGAAAGGAACUAAGAGCCAUCACAGAUUUAGAUUUUUCUUUUUCUAUUUGAGUUGGUGGUGAAUGUUCAUGGGGUUGAAGAAGGAGUGAAUGGACAUGGAUAUUGUGUAUUGUUGAAAGAAAAUUUUGAGGCAAUGAAAUCUUACAACAGGGUAGAUUUCAGUUUCA